AUGUCAGUAGAAAUUAAUGAUAAGAAGUUAGCAAUAAAUAAACCUGAUACAGGGUUUAUUGGACCCUUAACACAAGCUGAAUAUGAACAACUUUAUCCUCGAACUGACAAGCCUGAUCUAUUGGCUGAGGUAGCUGCUGAAGAAAAUGAAUGGAUAGAAUUUGAACGGCUUGAUGAAAAAGAAGCUGUUCAAGCUGGAACUGCAGCUUGGACUCCCUUAACACCACCCUAUAUCGAUUCACAUUUCUCCAUAUGGUCUCUGUCGGAAUCUAUAAGUGCUAGUCAGCUUUAUCUGGGUGGAAAGCUACCUCCACCUCCAACAGCUAGUUGGGCAAAAGUAUUACGACGAGACUAUACAGCAGAUGAUUACGAAGAAGAAAUUGAUUAUAUGCGUGCUCGAGCUGAAAAUGAAAUCAAAUAUGAAAUCGGUGAACUGGCUCCUGUGCGAUAUGCAAUUCACGUUCAGGUUGCUUCAACGUAUUCCGAAAGUCUGAUGAUUUCUUCUUUGGCUGAAGAUUAUUAUUGUAUAGCAGGUUAUAUUGGUUGGUGUGAUCUGUCCGAUCCAAGUCUUUCCAGUCAUGUUCAACAAAUGAGUCACGAUCCGUUACUUGUUGGUUUACGUUAUGAUGUUAGUGAAAUGGAUGGUGAUUAUCUAUUGGAGUCAAUGAUCGAUAGUAAUUUCUCAGUAAUUGAACAUCAACAACUUGUAUUCGAUUUAGCUAUUGGACCACAUCAAUUAAGACAUGCAUGUCAUUUAGCUUAUCGUCAUCCUAAAUUAAAAUUAGUACUUAAUCAUUGUGGUUUACCUGUAGAGUUUACUGCAAGCAGAUCAGACAAUUUAGCUUGGAAAAACUGGCGCUCAGACUUGGAACUACUCAGUCGAUAUCCAAAUGUUUAUUGCAAAGUUACUGGUGCUACUGGUUGUAUACAAAAGUCUUCAGAAUCAUCUAACGAUACAUCCGAUGUUUACAGUAUUGAUCAAUGGUGUGCCAGUUCAGCUUUAUCUCAUGCAAUCAGUUGUUUUGGACCAGGCCGUUGUUUAUUUGGCUCCGGUUGGCCAAUAUGUCGAUUAUUCCAACCAAAUCAAACAGGUUGGCCUGAACAAGCCACAGCUAGUGAUUUACAAACAUUUGAUAUACCUGGUGAAAUAGCCGCUAAACGUGCAAGACGAUCAGUUCCAUUGAAAGUUCUUAAUCUAUGGGAAACUGCUAGAUUGGUGGAACAUGCUAUGGGUGAUGCUGGUUAUGGAUCAGUUGAAGAUAAAGAGAAAAUAUUUUCGACAAAUGCACAACAUGUAUAUAGUUUAUCUAUUCGACCAUAUGGUUCAUGUCCAAAACUUAAACCUUCUGAAUAGUAUUGAACAAUCAAUUGUAUCAUAUUAUAAAUUAUGUACAAAGUAUUUAAUGUAUUAUUAUCUAUACGCAUUAUCGAUGAAUUGGUUUUCAUACAAUGCAAAAAAUUUUAGUAAUGGGUUUUCCCCCGUUCUAUCUGUAUUGAAGCCUUUUUGCUGUUAUAUAAUUCAGAUAAUUAUACAUUUGCCGGGAUUGCUUCAUUGUAAAUAAUGCUUAUAAAUUGAACAACUUAACUGAGAUUUUUUAAAACUAGAACCUGGUAGAAACUAAAAUAUCUAACCAGUUUUCGUUAUUAUCGCUGUUUUUUACAUUCUCAGAGAAGGUGAAUAUCAUUAGAUGGAUGAUUAGUGAGAAUAAUAUGACGUUUAGUCAUAGCUAUAUUCAGUAUUAUAAAUACUGAAAUCUUUUGAUGUUUUUCUCCAGUAAUGGUUUGUUCACCUUCAUACCUAGCCUUAAUUAUGUAUUGAAUUAUUCAUCUCAUAGAUAAAUCUUUCCUCUCUGUGUGUUUAUUUCACUGAAUACAUAAUAUUCUCAUUUGUUGUCUGUAAUUGUAUUAUUUCACCUUGUCAUUUUCAUCUCGUCGUGCUAAUGUGAUGUGGUAACUUCGGCUAAUACAUAUUUAUGACAAGUCCUACGUUGAUUAUAACAAAUUUAUGAAGUCAAGAAUUUCACGAUCUGUGUGAUGUUGGAUGAGCUAUAAAUUUAUUAAUACUGGGAAUUUAUGUUAAUUUCUUUACAUGUGAAAAAAGUUUUCGUUUGUACGAAGCUCUGGCUAUCUCAUUUUGGCUUCGUUGUCUAACCUGAACGUCACGACCGUUAGUUGUAUAUGAUACGAUUGGAAAUUCAUUGGAGCAUCAAGUAAUUGCCUUAAUAUAUUUAUCAAUGGAACUUCAAUAUGUCAGCGUUUUGUAAAUGAUUUAUAAGAGAGUAAUUAUAAUUAUUAAUGACACAAGAUCUAGUAUUGAUUGGUAAUGUGUUCGACUUUGGAUCGAAAUAUUGAUACCAUAAAAUAUCUUGUGGGUUCCUGUUUCGAAGUUUGUAUUACAUCAUAUGAUCCAGAAUGACAGUCUAAUGUCAUAGAUUGAUUCUCUUUUGUGUUUUCCUACAUACGGUUAAUCCAACUUGCGUGAUACGUAGGUAUAUUGGUUUGCUGAAUAGAAGUAAUUUCGCGACCCUUGUCUGACAUAUCUUCAUCUGUAACUCGACGCUAACCUUGAAAUUUAUUUUCGGUGCUUUCGACUUCCCCUCGAAGACAUCUAUGAUUGAAUCACACUGACCAUAUUAGUUUGUUUGCUGCCCUAUGUUGGGUACCAGUAGUUUGCUUUUCGGAUGAUAUACUCUUCUACAAAUAACGAUUUAUUGACAUUUCAUUGUUGUUUUUUUACUUCAAAACUGCUUAUGUAACUAAUGCUUCUCGUUGUGGUUUUUCUCACUGAUUAUUAAAUUGCUGUUAUGUAUGACAAAAACGAUAUUUAAAUUAAGAACUUUCGCACCAACUACCUAACUUAAUUAUUUCCAACUUCUUCACGAUCUUAUUCUCUUGUGUAUCGGAAAAAUAUUUUUUCUAUCUGCCUAAGAAAAUUUGCUAAUGUCGGGUG